UCCUACCAUUUCUAAAGGCCUUGAACGCAGCGUGGAAAGGGAAGUAAAGCCGACACAGUAACGCUACAGUAGCCCUUAUACAUCCAUGCUGUAGCCCCAAGGGAAACCGAGAAGUUACUACAACAGUUCCUUACCGCACCCUGCGCACAAACCCCCGCACGGGCAGAGAAAACCCGCGUGAAGACGAACGACCCGGAUAAAAAAAAGUACAAAGAGUAAUGUCAGUGUUAACCACGGCUACAGAUAGCUUCAGGUGCCGCCGGUAGUCGCUUUUUCGACCAAAUCAUUUGUGUCGUAAGGAGGAGGACUUCCUCACUGUGUCGCGUUUUCUCAGAAGAACCGACAGCCGGUAACAGUUAAAACACAGAGAUGCCUCAGAAACAGAAGUCCAAGUCCUGGACGGAGCUGAAACAAAGUGGAAAUGAAUGUUUCAAGACGGGCCAGUAUGGAGAGGCCACCAAUAUCUACAGCCAGGCGAUCAAAGAGCUGGAGAAGUCCAAUAAAAAGGAGCCAGAGGAUUUGGGCAUUUUGUACUCAAACCGUGCAGCCAGCUACCUGAAAGAUGGCAACUGUGCAGAGUGUGUGAAAGACUGCAACAUGUCUCUGGAGUUGUUCCCGUUUAAUGUGAAGUCCCUGCUUCGUCGUGCUGCUGCCUACGAAGCCGUGGAGCGUUACAGGCAGGCUUACGUAGACUACAAGACCGCUCUGCAGAUCGACUGCAACAUCGCAGCUGCUCAUGACGGCACCAACAGGAUGACCAAGGCGCUCACAGAGGCAGACGGUCUGUCAUGGCGAGAAAAGCUUCCUCCCAUCCCCACCGUUCCGAUGUCCAUUAGAGAACAACUAGCCCAGAAAGCUUCAGCCAACGCUCCAAAACCGAACCCGACACCGAAACAGAACGGCACCAGACAAACGAACAAACCUGGUGAGAUUUGUGUUAUGUUGCGUGCUGCAGAGAUGUGCAGCUCUACUAAUUGUGUUCUACAGACUCUCUCUCUCUCUGUGAGCAGACGGUCAGUGGAGCAUCGGCACGGCAACGGUGAGCGACACAGGACUGACGGAGGAGGAGGAGGAGAAGAAGAAGAGGACAGAAAACCUCGCUGA